AUGUUGACUAGGGAUUGCAACAUCCCCGACCAUGAAGAAGGACCCGGGCCUGGGUCUCGUUGGACUUUGGUUUUUGAUGGAGCUUUAAACGCUCACGGAAAUGGAAUUGAGGCAGUUAUCACCUCCCAAUCUAGUUUUCACCUCCCCUUCAUCGCAAGGUUGUGUUUUGAAUGUACAAAUAAUAUGGCGGAAUAUGAGGCUUGUAUCUUCGGUAUUGAAGUUGCUAUUGAUUUUAGGAUCAAAAUCCUUGAAGCUUAUGGGGAUUCAACCUUGGUGAUCAGCCAAGUCAAAGAAGAUUCGGACACUAGAGAUCACAAGCUCAUUCCUUACAAGGAGCACAUUUUGAAACUAGUCCCUUACUUUGAUGAGAUCACAUUCUAUCACAUCCCUCGAGAGAAGAAUCAGCUAGCUGAUGCUUUGGAAACUUUGGCGUCCAUGUUUAAGGUCAAAUGGAAGAAGGACGCUCCAUCCUUCCAACUUAGCUACUUGAACGAGCUUGCUUACUGUUUGGUGGCCAAAGACGAAGCCAAUGGUUAUCCUUGGUUCUAUGACAUCAUGAGGUUCCUAGAGUGCCAAUAA